UGAGGCGGCAGAGAUUGGAAUCUGCUCGCCGGCCGCGCGGAGGAGGAGGAGGAGGAGGAGGAGGGCGGAGGGAGGAGGGAAGGGCGGAGGGAGGCUCGAGCUCCUGCGCGUCAGCCCCGCGCGAGACGAGGACUGUACGGCCGCGCGAGGGGCGACCGGGCCCGGGCCGCUGCACGCCGAGGGCGGAGGCCGAGCCGGGCCCCGCCGCCCCGCGGCUGUUCGUGCCCGCCCGCGCAGAGCGACGGAGGAUGAGUUUCUCGGGAUCCCGAUUUAUGAAAAUAUGCAUCGCUUUGAUACUGUCUUGGAAUUCAUGAGAUGGAAGCAUAGGUCAAAGCUGUUUGGAGAAAUUGGAACUACAGUUUUAUCUAGCCACAUCUCUGAGAAGUCUUAAGAAAGCAGCAGGUGAAAGUCAUUGUCAAGUGAUUUUGUUCUAUAAGGAAACCUCAUUCAGGAAGGCCAUUUACAUUAGUGAAAUAGCAGAAGUAAUUCAAAGUGGCCGUGUACAGGACUCGUGCGAAUUGGACAAUGACUGAGCUAUACACUUACAUCAGAUUAUUGGGAGCCUGUCUGUUCAUCAUUUCUCAUGUUCAAGGGCAGAAUCUAGAUAGUAUGCUCCAUGGCACUGGUGUGAAAUCAGACUUGGACCAGAAGAAGCCAGAAAAUGGAGUGACUUUAGCACCAGAGGAUACCUUGCCUUUCUUAAAGUGCUAUUGCUCGGGACACUGCCCAGAUGAUGCUAUUAAUAACACAUGCAUAACUAAUGGCCAUUGCUUUGCCAUUAUAGAAGAAGAUGAUCAGGGAGAAACCACAUUAACUUCUGGGUGUAUGAAGUAUGAAGGCUCUGAUUUUCAAUGCAAGGAUUCACCAAAAGCCCAGCUACGCAGGACAAUAGAAUGUUGUCGGACCAAUCUGUGCAACCAGUAUUUGCAGCCUACACUGCCCCCUGUUGUUAUAGGUCCAUUCUUUGAUGGCAGCAUCCGAUGGCUGGUUGUGUUCAUCGCCAUGGCUGUCUGCAUAGUCGCUAUGAUCAUCUCCUCCAGCUGCUUUUGUUAUAAGCAUUAUUGUAAGAGUAUCUCAAGCAGGGGUCGUUACAACCGUGAUUUGGAACAGGAUGAAGCAUUUAUUCCAGUAGGAGAAUCAUUGAAAGACCUGAUUGAUCAGUCCCAAAGCUCUGGGAGUGGAUCUGGAUUGCCUUUAUUGGUUCAGCGAACUAUUGCCAAACAGAUUCAGAUGGUUCGGCAGGUUGGUAAAGGCCGUUAUGGAGAAGUAUGGAUGGGUAAAUGGCGUGGUGAAAAAGUGGCUGUCAAAGUGUUUUUUACCACUGAAGAAGCUAGCUGGUUUAGAGAAACAGAAAUCUACCAGACGGUGUUAAUGCGUCAUGAAAAUAUACUUGGUUUUAUAGCUGCAGACAUUAAAGGCACUGGUUCCUGGACUCAGCUGUAUUUGAUUACUGAUUACCAUGAAAAUGGAUCUCUCUAUGACUUCCUGAAAUGUGCCACACUAGACACCAGAGCCCUACUCAAGUUAGCUUAUUCUGCUGCCUGUGGUCUAUGCCACCUCCACACAGAAAUCUAUGGUACCCAAGGAAAGCCUGCAAUUGCUCAUCGAGACCUGAAGAGCAAAAACAUCCUUAUUAAGAAAAAUGGAAGUUGCUGUAUUGCUGACCUGGGCCUAGCUGUUAAAUUCAACAGUGAUACAAAUGAAGUUGACAUACCCUUGAAUACUAGGGUGGGCACCAAGCGGUACAUGGCUCCAGAAGUGCUGGAUGAAAGCCUGAAUAAAAACCAUUUCCAGCCCUACAUCAUGGCUGACAUCUAUAGCUUUGGUUUGAUCAUCUGGGAAAUGGCUCGUCGCUGUAUUACAGGAGGAAUUGUGGAGGAAUAUCAAUUACCAUAUUACAACAUGGUGCCCAGUGACCCAUCCUAUGAGGACAUGCGUGAGGUGGUGUGUGUGAAACGCUUGCGGCCAAUCGUGUCUAACCGCUGGAACAGCGAUGAAUGUCUUCGAGCAGUUUUGAAGCUAAUGUCAGAAUGCUGGGCUCAUAAUCCAGCCUCCAGACUCACAGCUUUGAGAAUCAAGAAGACGCUUGCAAAAAUGGUUGAAUCCCAGGAUGUAAAGAUUUGACAAUUAAACAAUUUUGAGGGAGAAUUUAGACUGCAAGAACUUCUUCACCCAAGGAAUGGGUGGAAUUAGCAUGGAAUAGGAUGUUGACUUGGUUUCCAGACUCCUUCCUCUACAUCUUCACAGGCUGCUAACAGUAAACCUUACAGUACUCUACAGACUACAAGAUUGGAACUUGGAACUUCAAACAUGUCAUUCUUUAUAUAUGGACAGCUUUGUUUUAAAUGUUUUUUUGUCUGUUUGUUUUUAUGCUUUUUUGGUUUUUAUGAACUGCAUCAAGACUCCAAUCCUGAUAAGAAGUUUCUGGUCAAACUCUGGGUACUCACUAUCCUGUCCAUAAAGUGGUGCUUUCUGUGAAAGCCUUAAGAAAAUGAAUGAGCUCAGCAGAGAUGGAGAAAGGCAUAUUUGCCUUCUACCAGAGAAAACAUCUGUCUGUGUUCUGUCUUUGUAAACAGCCUAUAGAUUAUGAUCUCUUUGGGAUACUGCCUGGUUUAUGAUGGUGCACAAUACCUUUGAUAUGCAUACCAGAAUUCCUCUGCUGCCCUGGGGCUUAGAAGACAAGAAUGUAAAGGUUGCACAGGAGGGUAUUUGUGGCCAGGGGGUUAAAUAUGCAAUAUCUAAUUGACAUUCGCCAGUCUCAUAAAAGCCAUCCACCUUGUAACUGUAGUAACUUCUCCACCGACUUUAUUUUUAGCGUAAUAGUUGUAAAGGCCAAACUUCUAUAAAGUGUCCAUAGACUUGGACUGUUUUCCCCAGUCACCAUUUUGUUCUCCUUUUGGUAAUUAUUUUUGUUAUAAAAUGCCUCCUAUUCAGAAUUGGAGCUCACUGUCUUGAACCAUACUUUGAAAGAAACGCCUCUUCCUGGAGUCUGCCUUACUGCCUCUGAUCACGAUGUGCAUACCUGUGACCAAAUUCUGGAGUCUUUGUUCUCAAUACCUCCUAAAAAGGAAAGUUGUUUCUCGUGUAACAUGCUUUUAUUUUCAGAGCCUGCACAGCUGUCAUUCUAGCCAUGUUUUACCUACACACUCACUUCUAUACAGGACAGCCCAUACGCUCUGUCUCACAUCUGAUCUUUGAUGGGAAGUGUUUUAAAGAAGAACUAUGUAUGAAUUUCAGAAUUCAUGCAUUUUAAAACUUCACUAAGAUAUUGUCUCAUAUCUCUUUUAUGAGAAUAUCAGCUGAUUUUCCAAUUAACUGUAAAUGUAUUUUAGAUAUCCAAAUCUUUUGAAAUUUGGUUUUACAAUUUCUGGUCCCCAAUUGUGAAGACAAGAGGCAGAAGUACCCAGUCACUACCCAUACUUACACUGAACGUUAUUAAAUAAACUGAUGUGUAUUUUAUUAGAGGCCUUGUUACCUCAAAGAACAGUCUGGUUCAAACUUACUAUACCAGUAUCAUACUAUUUAAAUGUUCUAAGCAAUGUGAGCAUCAAGUGGCAGUGGCUCUUUGGAUGAAACAUAAACUAAAGGUGAUUGUAUCAACACAUAGAAUGAAAUUAAAUGAAAUUUAAUGGGAGGCAGGUAGAGCAUAUGUCCAUCUGUCCACCUACGGGCAUGACUAAACUACAGAUCAUAUUCCACAAAUUUGAGAUGUGUCUUGCCUGUUUUGUUUAGUGAGUCUCAUCUAAUGUACCUACAGCCUGAGAAUCCUGAGGUCUGACUUUACCUAAGUUCAGUUAACCUGGAUAUAUUUUUCCUGAAUAAACUACGUCUUUUUUGUCACUUAUCAUCUUAAUGAUAUACCUAAGGAAUCAUUCUUUGGCAUGUUUCAGUUGUGUGUGGCAGCCACUGUAAUGACUGUUCUCUGAGAUAGGCUGUCAGGAGUUCGUUGUAUGGCAGGCAGUCAUGGGAUGUUCUCGAAAUGGCAAACUCUGCUGCUUUUCCUUAUUUGGAAUUCUAAAAUCGAAACUUGCAUUAAAUUUAUUGUGUUCUCUUCUCCCUCUCAGCCUUAAAUUUAAAAUUCAGUAAGUAAAAUAUUUGGCCAGUGAGAUAGUUCAGUAGAUAAAGGCACUUGCUGCCAAGCCCUCAACCUCAGGUCAGACUCUGGGGGACACACUUUGGAGGGAGGAGCCAACUAGCCCAUAGUUGUCCUCUGACUUCCACACACUCCAUGGCUUGCGCCUCUCCCCCCCGACACCAUGCACUCCACAAAAGUAGUUUAAAGGAAAAAAAGAAUAGAACCCGCUGUGUAAUGGAAUAAGUAUUAGGUAGUUACUUAACAACUUGUAAAAAUCUGGAAACUAUGAUUUGGUUCCCCUUUGAAUCUAGAGUUUAAAAAACAGAUGGCUAAAAUCAGCCAUCAUUUAAAUAAUUAAAAAUAAAAGCCCCAAACCCCAAACUGCCUAAAUAAAUACCAAGUAAUCCAGGAAGACGUCACGUGUGGUUUGUAUGACCAGUAGUUCUCUGGUACAGAGCAUGUAAGAUUUGCCCCAGCCUGAUUCUCUGAGGUCUCUGCAGCCCUGAGUACUGUUCUGAGUAUAAAAUCUGAACUGAUUUCUCUAGAAAUAUUGUAACAAGAGAUACAUUAGUCAGCAUGUUAGGUUACCCUUCCAGUGUCUAGAAACUUUACUAAGCACAUAAAGUCACCUUUUGCUGUCAUCAUCUGUUGUCCUGAAAUGUGCCAGUUUUAAUUUAUUCAUUCUAAUGAUAUUCAAUUUGCUUUUCUUUUUAGAUGUUUUUCUUGUUUAGAAUAAAAGGACUAAUUUUUCAAGAACCAUGCAUCUCUGAUUUGACCAAAGGUCAAAUUGGAUAUUGAGUAGUCUAUUCCAGGGCAGAUUUCCUAAGCAAUAUACUUGUCUUUUCAGCUAUGUAUUGUUUUGAAAUGUUUCCAAAUACCUAAGAUAAUUUUAACAGAGGUGUAAGUCACGUGAAAAGAAAGGUGGCGUAGCCCUUGUGGUAAUGACACAAAUUGACUUGCAUCAGAUGUUAAGCAGAGACAGGUCUCCCGCCUCCUGGCUGUGAGGAGUGGAAACUAGGCAAGCAGAACCUGAUUCUCUGGGGCAGUGUAUGAGUCCACAGGGGACAGGAAGGAUCAUCCCAGAAAGAAAGCCUGUGAGUAUGGCUUUUGCAAAAAAAUUAGACACAAUACUGUAAUUUUAGGUUGUACUCUGUUCUUUCCUUCCAGUGGAAUUAUUUAAGCUCUUUAGUGACCUUUGUUUUUCCCACUUAAAAACUAAAAUGUAGCAUAUAUUGUAUAAAAUGAAAAUAUUAAUAGCUUAGGGAAGCUGUACAUAAGGCAUUGACAGGUUUAAAAAAAGCAUUUUUAUUAUUCAGUUGUAAAACACCAAAAAUAUAGAUUCAUCUUUGAUAUGUAACACACUAAAUGUAUUUUGUACAGCAUCUGAUUUGAAAGGUGCCUUAUUAAGUUUACCAUUAAUUGCUUUGUUCUAUAUACAGAUUAUGUCCAAUGUAUCAUUUUUCAGUAAAUAACCUUAUUUUAGUAUACUUCA